CGUUGUUGUACGCGAUGCUACUGAACAGAUUUGUCGCGAUACAAACUAGCUCCACACGGGCAUUAAAGCCGCGAAAAGAUGCUCCUCCACGGGAUUAAAACACCGAAACAAACGGCAAGAAGUCUGGAGAAACUUUGCCCAACUGCGGCCAAACUUUGAUAGACUACAAACCUCCGCACCACUUCCCUUUACAGUUCCGAGCGUGUUAGCAUUGUUUUAUCUCCCCACUGUUGGCAUUGGACGCGUCUCUCUCUCUCUCUUUCUCUGCCCCCCUUUUUUCUUUUUUUUCCCCAAUUUUUAAAUUUUUUUUCUUCUUCUUCUGGAGCAGUCCAGUCUGAUGAAUUCACCGAAAAAAGACGGAGAUGAUGAUGUGCCCGUUAAAGACCCGGUAAAAUACGGCGAAUUGGUCAUUUUGGGGUACAAUGGUUCUCUACCAAGCGGAGACCGUGGGCGCAGAAAGAGCCGCUUCGCUCUGUACCGAAGGGCCAAGGCCAACGGUGUCAAACCCAGCGCCGUGCACAUCCUCAACACGCCACAGGACAGCAAGGCGGUGCACAGCAGGGGGCAGCACAGCAUCUCUUUCACAUUGUCCCGUAACCAGACAGUGGUGGUGGAGUACUGCCAUGACAACAACACAGACAUGUUCCAGAUCGGACGCUCCACAGAGAGUCCCAUCGACUUCGUGGUGACGGACACCUCCGGAGGGGGGAAGGAGGGCGAGGACCCCUCCAUCGCCCCCAGCACCAUCUCCCGCUUCGCCUGCAGAGUGGUGUGCGAACGCAACCCUCCCUACACGGCACGCAUCUACGCCGCGGGCUUCGACUCCUCCAAAAAUAUCUUCCUAGGGGAGAAAGCAACCAAAUGGAAAAAUCCUGACGGGCACAUGGACGGUUUGACAACCAACGGGGUUCUGGUUAUGCAUCCGGAGGGAUUCCCAGAGGACCCCAAGCAGGGUCUGUGGAGGGAGAUCUCUGUCUGUGGAGAUGUUUAUGCUCUGAGGGAAACCCGUUCUGGACCCAGCCGGGGCAAACUGGCGGAGGGAGAGAGCAGCGCACUACGAGACGGUUCUCUGGUUGAUCUGUGUGGUGCCACACUGUUGUGGCGUACAGGUGAGGGGCUCAUGCGAGCUCCCACCCUGCGUCACCUGGAGGCUCUUCGUCAGGAGCUUAACGCGUCCCGGCCUCAGUGUCCUGUAGGCCUCAGCACACUGGCCUUCCCCAGCCUGCCACGGAGCCACAGCCUUGAAGAGCGUCAGCCCUGGGUCUACCUCGCCUGCGGCCACGUCCACGGACGCCACGACUGGGGCCAGAGAUCGGAGGGAGUGGAGGAACCGGGAGAGGGCGAGGGCUCCACAACCCGCCGAGAAUGUCCCCUGUGCAGGAGCGUGGGCCCCUACGUGCCCCUGUGGCUGGGCUGUGAGCCUGCAGUGUACGUGGACGCCGGAGCUCCCACUCACGGUUUUGUGCCGUGUGGCCACGUCUGCUCGGAGAGGACAGCCAGGUACUGGGCCGAGACUCCGCUGCCCCACGGGACGCACGCCUUCAGACCCGUCUGCCCCUUCUGCUCCACUGCCCUCAGCACCCCCGGCUGGACGAGGCUCAUCUUCCAGGGCCCCAUCGACUAGUCGCCACUCCUCAGCCACCACCAUCACAAUAACAAGAAGCUACCUGAGCUUCAUUCGUGUUGCAAACGUUAGUCAGUGUGGAGAGGUAACAAUACGGAGUGCUUAGAUUAUUAUUAGAUUAUGGGUGUUGCACUCGCACAGUCUGAGUUCACAACAACACUCUGCAACGUUGCGUUACUGAAUGUAGCUCAGUGCUGACGAAUCCUUCCCCUUGUUUAUCCUUCAGAGCUCGUUAAUUGGUAUAAGAUCAGGAGGAUAGGUGAGCAUGGCAGAUCAAUCAGCGCUGCCAUGUGGAGAGUGUUUGCUCUAAAUUCUAAGACAUGUCCAGUCCUCUGUCAUGCAGGAGUCUGAUGUUUUAAAUUCCAGCCACCACAAUGCCAGCUGAAGACAUAGAUCUCAGAAGUACUUACCCAGGAGCUUAAACGAUGCUGCUUAACGCUUUUCAAACAUGCAUUUUCACAGCAUUAUGAAAUGACACAUCCUCAUAAUAACUAUCAGGCCUGAACACUUUACUCAGUAUUAGACACCUUGCACAGUAUAAAAUGGCAAGUAGCUUUUUGCACAUGUGAGGUGCGAUCAAAAAGUUCAUAGUCUGCGCCAAAAUAAAGUCAACUCAUCAGAAACCGUAGGAAAGCAGUCUUCACAGUGGUCUUGUUGUGCAGUGAUACACAAAAGUGCUCCUGCAGCAUUUGUAACGCUCGCUUGAAGUCCCCGUUCUGUAAGCAUGUCCAGCACCACCUCAUUCAAAACAGCAACCCUUCGAUUUGAGUCAAAUGUGGAGCAUAGAGCCGGUUAGAGAAUGAUUGUGUUGUUGUGGCCAAAGAGACGUAAUCACCACGUUGUGACCGAGCACACAAUGCAGUCAGAGCCCCUUCAUGCCAUCACGGUUAAGGUCGUUUACACCGAAUAUUCUUCCUCAGAUUUUACACGAGAUCUUUGCCUUGACAUCCUGAUGAAUUUCAAAUAGUUGGAUGUGUGAGCUUCUCUCUAUGAUAUCAUAUUGUAGGCUCCUUGUCCGGUCUUCUAGACUGUGGCACUUCCACUGUGAAAACUGCUGUUUCUUCUUUUCACCCUCCUCUCAUCACCACUGAUCCUCCACAUAAAGGUUGGAUCAUCCAGCUGUAAACUGACACAAAACAUGAUGUUUAAACUCCACAAAGAAAUUGCAAAUAUUCCCCUUCCGCCUUCCGGUGUUCACAAACACAUGUGUAACACUGGUGUUGGUGUUAACAGCGUGUCACUCUGCCUUCUGACGGACAGUUACAGCUCCCACAUGCUGCACACGUGACCAUUACGCUUCGUUCACACUGAACAGGCAAAGUCUCAGGACGUUUUGAUCGCACCUCGUAACAAAGGAAUGGCCUUUUUUUCUCAGUUAGCCUGCAUUUCUUGCAGGUCUGUGUGCUCUUCACUCGGUGAAGCGCCACCUCUUGCACUUCUCGGCCUGAAAUCUCACCACAUGUUAAGUUCUAGAACAUGUCGACAUGAAAUGCUGCCCGUCUGGCCUCAACUUCUGCAAAAACCACCUCCGUUUAUAUUUCACAUCAAGUCUCGUUAUAGAUUUGCAUUCUGCGUUUCAUACUUCCCCUUCCUGAACCACCGGCUGAUUUAGCUUUAUUCUCAGUGGGAGGUUACAAGGUCACAUCAGAGGCUUGUGCUUCCAUUCAGUGUUUUAAAUUCUUAGUGACCCAUGAAGGGGGAAUUGCUAGCCAUUUUUCAAAUCAGGACAUUUUGAGUGUGUGCGGUUUUCAUCUUUUGUCUAGACAUAUCCUUUUAGUGUGAAAUCUAUGCACAAACACCCUCGUAAAUGAGAUAAAUGAGAUCCCUUGUGUAGUAUUUGGAUGGAAAGAAAACCUGCCGACUCUUUGAUUAGCUCUGUAGCACCAGAGGGAACGCUGCGUGCCGAAGAUCUUAUCCUAAUUAUGAAGCAGGAUGAGGAUAAACAAAGGCUGGGAAUGAAACUGGGUAAACGCCACUUCACAACCCUCUAAAGCAAUAAUAGCACUCCCAUAGAUAAGCUAGAUGUUGUGCUAUGUUUAGCCAGGUGUUAGGUCAGCAGUCCCUUCAAAUAUGGCUGAAAUGGUUUCCAGGUUAAGGGCUCAACCAGAGGCGUGUUCAAUCUCAUCACUUCUUUUAUUUCCAAACAAGGUCUCAGACCAGUGAUCCAAGAAUGUGUGGUCUAACCAAAGCACUAGAAUUUAAAGAUGAGCAACCAAACCACUGAUAUGCAUUUAAGUCAUUCCACAUGUGCAGUUAAGCCCAAAAUGAUUCAUACACGUGCCAAAUUUGAUUUAGUGACAUAUUUUGUUUUGAUCUGUAGAUUUGUUCUGGCAGAAAAAUGACAUAAAUAAGCAACAAAAGACAGACAUUGUGUUACAGAUGUUGUUUUUUAAUGUUUUUAUUUUAUGUCCAAAUUCUUUUCUACUUCUUAAAACUGCUGCUAAUCUUUGAUAAAGUACAAGUUUCUUUACCAUUCCAAAUGAUCCUGAAUAUUUCUACCAUGUUCUGGAGCCUUUUCAUGCACUGUAGACUGAGAACAGCUGAUGCAGUAGUUCUCUAGUUAGCUUCUUAGUUAAUGGCAAGUCAUGGCUGAAACCAAAGACCUUAGUGAGGACCUUGGCUUGCUCACAAGACAUGGAAAGGCCAUUAAGCCAUAUCCAAGUGUUUUCAAGGUCCAGUGGCCGCAGUGCAAAGCAUUAUCAAAAAAGUACAAGGAGUUCCACACUGUGGAAAAUCGCAAAGGGCUGGUAGGAAGCCAGCAGUGACCCCUGUGCUCGCAGGAAUGGUAGGAUCUGAGAAGAAUCCAAAGAUCAGCACUAAGAGCAUCCUGAUGAGCAGUUGUGGUCGCAGCAUCUCCAUCAGGCGCUGCAGCACACACUGAACACGGAGACUUUAAUUCUUCAAGACAGACAAACAAAGGAGAAGGCUUCUGGUCAAAAGUUCUGUAUGUGAAGGAUAAACAGCAUGACGAGAAAAAGAGGACAACAAUCUGUAGAAAAGUUUGUAAUAUGAUAGUUAAAACUCAUCGUUAACAUCUCAAACACAGUUUGUUACCAUAUUUGCCACUUGUUUUUGUUAACUCCCGCCAGAAAAAAAAGAUCUAUUUGCCAAAUAAAAGUUCACUCUGAGUCAAAAUUUGAUACGUAUAUGAACAAUAUGGGGCUUAGCUGUAUCAUUAUUGUCAUUACGCUGACAGAAAUCAGCACGUUUAGGCUGCAAAACAACACAGCAGCUGGAUUUGUCCUAAAAACCUACAUGUUCUGUUGCUUCUGUUGUUAAUUUGAACACACUUCUGGUUACUGAAUUACGCUAAACAGGGUCUAUGUUGGUGUGAUGGAGUGUCACUAGGUUUGACCUUAUAUAACCUCAAAAGAAAAUCUUUUUUUUUUGUUGUUGUUGUUGUUUCAAAGAAAAACUAUUUUGUUAGGAAAUGGGGAGGGCUGGGUUUAUUUGGGGGAAAGUGGGAGGAAUUCUUUUAGAUGUUCAGUGUUAAAAAAAAACAAACAAACAAAACAAAACACAACUAUUUUUCUAUCUGACAAUUGGUUUUGUUGUUACUCAGUGUAAGCAAGUUGUGUAUGUUUCCAAAUAUAAUCGUGUGGUAGAUGUAGGAGAGCUUGUGAGUGAGAAAACAUUGCCAACACUGUGUCCAACAAACACACUUACACACAAUGCUACCGGAAAACAUUGCCCAGACAAUGAAUGUAGCCAAAUACUCGGGCUAUAUUUAGCCUUCCCUGGUGCUCAUAUUGAAUGGUCUAUAUUGUGAUACUAUUUUUGUAAACUGAAUAUUAUGGUGUAGCUUGGUGAACUAGCUCGAAAGACUAAAAAAAGAAGAAAAAAAAAAAGUCUGGUAAUUUUCAAUAAUAGCCUCAAGUAUGGAAGACAUAAUUGAUAAUACACACUCACACGGAAAUUGUGUCUAGCUUGCAUGUGCUACACAUCCAGUAUGUACACUACACAUACUCGAAAAACUUUGCACGGUGGAUUGCCAACUUGUUAUUCAUGCUGAGAGCGUUUCGUCGCAGACCAAGUUGUCUUCCGAGUCCUCAAUACUGCAGCAUUUUCUUUCCCUCUUAUUUGUUGUUUUGGGUUUUAUUUUUGGAAGAAAGAAAACAAACAAAAAAAAGAGAGCAGCCUAAAAAAAAAAAAAAAAAAAAAAUCCUCAUACUUGAUAGAUCUUUGUGAAUGAGACCUCUUGAAUCCCACUUUGUACUACUAUGCGAAUAUUUUCCACCAAACCAAUUCACUGCAAGAACAACACUUGUUUACAUUUUUGUAUUUAGGCCCAUCGCGGAACAUUUAAAGCUAAUGAAAGUCAGCGUGCUGUCUUCAGAAUGUGAUGUGUUCUCAUUUGAAGUCUAAAUACAAGAUUUGUACUUGGCGGAUGGUGGAUAAGUGACGUAGUGUUGAUAAUUACUGUAGCUCAGGAUUAGUGAUUUCAGACUCCCAGCUGGCGAGGCCUGGAGGAAACCUGGUAAAAGACACUUUGAAAAACACAUAAGCGAGGCAUCGGAUGUGAAAGAAGGCACAUCUAAUGCACAAAUUACUGAGGGCGUACAGUGGAGCCACCACAGGUCAGCCAUAUACGGGUCUCUAUGUAAAGGGAUUUAGCGAAACAGGCACGGAAACAUCUCUGCCCUUUACAAAUCACGCCAAAUCCAGUGAAUCCUGCUUUUAAAUAUAAAUAUAUAUAAACAGUACGACAUGUAACACCAUUGGCAUGUGGAUGGAGAGUCGUUGCGGCACCCUCAUUGGCUUUCUGACCUGAUAUAUUCAUUUUUCUUUACUUUUCUUGGGUUCUUAGUUAUGUAAUUUGUUUUUAGAUUAGAAAAAAAAAUUCAGACAGUAUUUUAGCGCAGUUUAAUACCACCAGUAACAUCAUAAGCUCUUCCCUAAUUUUCUUUUUUUUUCUUUUUUAAAAUCAGUUGACCCUCAUUUCAGAUGGCGAAACCUCAACCUCCUCAACUUAUGAGCUCGCCUUGUCAUAGGUGAGUGAGUAGCCGACAUGUAUUAUACAGCGUAAAACCUCACAGUUAACAAUGCAUUCCUUUAAAUAUAUCUGUGUUAUGUACAGCUAUUUUGUAUUAUUUUAUAACAUAUUCUUCUGUAAUCGUCCGGUGCACAGACAAUCGCUAUACACAUGUCAAUAAACCAGUUUAAAAAAUUG